GAAGGCGCCGCCCAAGAUGGCGGCGGGACCCAGCCGCGGGCGCUGAGGCGGCGCCGGGACCGGGACCGGGAGAGGGACAGGGACCGGGAGCGGGAUCGGGAUCGCGACCGGCAGGCGGGGCUGGAGCGGGAACAGGGCGGGCCAUGGCCGCCGCCGCCGCGCGUUGAGGCCCCGCCGCUCACCCGGGCCGGGAUGCCCCGGGGGGGGCCCGGGCCGCCGCCGGAGCCAUGGAGGAGGAGGGCAAGAAGGGCAAGAAGCCUGGAAUCGUGUCCCCGUUCAAGCGCGUGUUCCUGAAGGGGGAGAAGGGCCGGGAUAAGAAGGCUCAGGAGAAGGUGACGGAGCGGCGGCCGCUGCACACCGUGGUGGUGGCACUGCCCGACCGCGUGGAGCCCGACCUGCUGCUCCACGACUACAUCGAGAAGGAGGUCAAGUAUUUAGGGCAGCUCACUUCCAUCCCGGGAUACCUGAACCCCUCCAGCCGCACGGAGAUCCUGCACCUGAUCGACAACGCCAAGAGAGCCCACCAGCUCCCGGGGCAGCUGACCCCGGAGCACGACGCCGUCAUCAGCCUGUCUGCCUACAACAUCAAACUGGUGUGGAGGGACGGGGAGGACCUGAUCCUCAGGGUGCCCAUCCACGACAUCGCCUCCGUCUCCUACAUCCGGGACGACUCCGCACACCUGGUUGUGCUCAAGACAGCUCAGGAUCCCGGGAUCUCUCCGAGCCAGAGCCUGUGUGCCGAGGGCUCCAAGGCGCUGACGUCGGGCUCGCUGUCGGAGAGCGCGGGCGGGCCCCUGGAGUGCUGCUGCCUGGUGGUCCUGGCCACGGAGAACAAGGUGGGUGCCGAGGAGCUGUGCUCCCUGCUCAGCCAGGUCUUCCAGAUCGUUUACACCGAGUCCACCAUCGACUUCCUGGACCGCGCCAUCUUCGACGGCGCCUCGACACCGACGCGGCACCUGUCCCUGCACAGCGAUGACUCUUCCACCAAAGUGGACGUGAAGGAGCCCUUCGAGGCGGAUGCCAGCACUUUUUCCUUUGCAGACACGCUGGAGGCAGGGGACACGUCCCCGUCCUCCUUCUCGGCACGCCCGUCCCCACACGUCACCACGGCCAGCGAGAGCGAGCUCAGCACCACGGCCACCGAGCUGCUCCAGGACUACAUGAUGACGCUGCGCACGAAGCUGUCCUCGCAGGAGAUCCAGCAGUUCGCCAUGCUGCUGCACGAGUACCGCAACGGGGCCUCCAUCCACGAGUUCUGCAUCAACCUCAAGCAGCUCUACGGGGACAGCAGGAAAUUCCUGCUCCUGGGCCUGCGUCCCUUCAUCCCCGAGAAGGACAGCCAGCACUUCGAGAACUUCCUGGAGACCAUCGGGGUCAAGGACGGCCGCGGCAUCAUCACCGACAGCUUCGGCCGCUACCGCCGCUCGCUGGGCGCCGCCUCCGCCGCCAACGGCACCGGCGCCGCCGGCAGCUCCGACGAGCAGUCCGUGCCCUCCGAGGAGGACGAGUGGGACAGGAUGAUCUCCCACAUCAGCAGCGACAUCGAGGCCCUGGGCUGCAGCCUGGACCGGGACUCGUCCUGAGGGAGCCCCGGAGCCGCGGCUGCUCCCGCCGGGAACGCGGGGCUGCCCCCGGGGGGACCCCAGGACACAGAGACACAGUCACCCCCGGACACAGAGUCACCCCGGGGGGACCCCAGGACACAGGGACACCCCCGGACACAGAGUCACCCCGGGGGGACCUGGGGCUGCCCCCCGUGGGGACUUGGAGCCUGGAGCUGGUCCCAGGGUGAUCCUGGGACAUGGAGCUGCCCCUGGAGGGACCCCAGAACAGGGAGCUGCCUCUGGGGGUUCCAGGACACAGAGCUGCCCCUGGAGGGGACAUGAACCAUGGAUCUGCCCUCAGAGGGGCCCAAGAACACCAGCCUGUGCCCUCAUGGAGGUCCUGGAACGUGGAGCUGCCCUUGGAGGGACCCCAGAGCCCUCGUGUGGGAUCUGGGGGCUCCAGCAGGGUGUCUGCACUGCCCCAGCCUCACUGACAGCUCCAGGGGCUCCAGCUGGGACUCAGGGGAACAGACCUGGGUUUGGAUUUUGGGGGCAGAUCUCCUCCCAGAUCUGCUCCUGACCGUCCCCAUCUGCUCCUGAGGGAUGCCAUGAGUGUUGGAUCUAUUCCCAAGGGGCUGGAUCUGCUCCCCUCCCCCAGUUUACAGUUUGCACAGCUGGGUCCCCCAGAACUGCCCCCCCAAAUGAAGUUCUACCACAAUGUGAA